AUGGCCGACACCGACGCCGUCACUCCGGAUGCCUCGCCCGAAGUUUACGCAUGUGAACAUUCCAACUUUUACGGACAGUGCAGACACUUUGGCGCUCCCUCUGGCGUGUGCCAUCCCAACACGGCGGCUGGUCUCUGCUACUUCCACGAUGACUACAAUUGCGAGGGCAAUAGAUUCAUCUCGACUUAUCCCGGAGUUGCUGAUAUCCCCAACCUGUACCCUGCCUUCAACGACCGAAUCAUCUCGUUCAAGUGCACCGCCAUCUAG